CUACUUCCGGCAGCUCCUUUCCCUGGUGCAACCCGGUAGUAAACCGGUAGUAAAGUCCGUGAAUUGAAUUAUAGUUUGUGUUUUGCACUUUUAACGCUUUUACAGCUACGAUGGACGACCGUCAGCUAGAUUUGACGGAUGAGCAGAAGGCCACCAAGUCAAAAUAUCCGCCAAUCAACAAGAAAUAUGAAUAUCUGGAUCACACAGCUGAUGUACAAAUUCACUCCUGGGGGGACUCUCUGGAAGAGGCGUUUGAGCAAUGCGCUAUGGGCAUGUUUGGUUAUAUGACGGAUACAGAGACCGUGGAGCCAAUUGAUACAGUUGAAGUGGAAUCAGAAGGUGAAGACAUGGAAUCACUUCUCUUCCACUUUCUAGAUGACUGGUUAUUCAAGUUUUGUGCGGAUCUUUUCUUUAUUCCAAGGGAGGUCAAAGUUGUCCAUUUAGACAGAAUGCAUUUCAAGAUUCGCUCAAUUGGGUGGGGUGAGGAGUUUUCACUGGCGAAGCAUCCGCAGGGAACAGAAGUGAAAGCCAUCACAUACUCAGCAAUGCAGAUCCAUGAUAAAGAAAAACCAGAGAUAUUUACGAUUAUUGAUAUCUGACAAAAUCUCCAGAGCUAGUCCUCUGCACAUUUGGCUGAACUGGAAUGUUCACACGAUCAAUUUAAGUGGCCUUUUAAACUAUGGCACUGCUAAUUAAUAUAAAUUCAUAUAUGUAAAAUACCUUUUUAGCAUCAGGAACAUAUUUUUUUAUUGUGCAAGUCCAUAGACAUAUAUUACGUGACGUAGAUUAAUUAUGACACUAAUGUUUCUUUAAUAUGGCAAACCUAUCCUAAAUAGAAACUGGGACUGGCAUUCCUAUGCAGGAAAAUGCUUUCACUUGGAAUAACAAAAACCUCAUUUUCAACUUAUCAUUAGCUCAGUCAUACUUAAUUCAAAUGAUUCAUAUACUUAUUUAUCAGUUCAAAAAUGUGGUCAUUCUGUGCGAAUUAUUGUAAAACUUGAAAGAAAACUUGUUUUCUGUUGGCAUAAUUAAAGAGUUGACUGGUGCUUAAAAAUAAACAAUACAAUGAAAAUAUUA